AUGGCGACACUACUGAGAAUCCAAGAGAUUUUGAACAGGAGAAAUAUUAAGCGAGAGCGAAUAUUCAGAGAUAGGACCCAAAUAUUGGACACGUUGACCGACACAGAACUGAUUGCCAGGUAUCGUUUCCCUCGACAUAACAUCCUUCAGCUGGUUGAUCGGGUCAGCUCGGCCAUCACUCGGCCGACCAAGCGUUCGUGUGCCCUACCAGCCCAUGUUCAGGUGUUAGCAACACUUAGAUAUUAUUCUAAAGGUGGAUUUCUCAGCGAACUAGGAGACAUACAUGGUAUUGCCAAGUCAAGUGUUAGUCGCGUGUUGGAAGACACUACGGAAGCAAUUGUCAACUCGCACGAUCUGAUCCGGUUUCCAUCGCCCGACAAACAUGCAAAACUUGCGGAGGAUUUCUUCAACAUCUGUGGUUUUCCGAAAGUUGUUGGCUGCAUAGAUUGCACUCUAAUACCGAUUCAACGGCCACCAUUGGAUGAGGCAGUAUAUGUGUGCAGGAAAGGAUUCCAUGCCAUCAAUGUGCAAGCUGUGUGCGACGCUCAACUGCGAUUCACGAACAUCAUCGUCCAAUGGCCUGGAUCAACACAUGAUUCCCAUAUAUUUAAUAACUGCAAUUUGAAAUGCUGUCUCCAGGAAGGGAAAUAUGGCAUCUGGCUUCUUGGUGAUUCAGGGUAUGCAUGCAGACCCUACCUCCUGACUCCAGUCAGCAAUCCAGAAAAUGAAAAAGAGGAGAAAUAUAACCGCUGCCACACUGCUACAAGAAACUCAGUGGAGAGGGCAUUUGGGUUGUGCAAAUCUAGAUUCAGGUGUCUUCACAAAUCAACUGGAUGCCUGCUAUUUAGUCCCGAGAAGAGCAUCAAAAUUAUUACUGCCUGCAUGCAACUUCACAAUAUGGCAAUAUUACUGAGGUUGCCUGAGCCAGAUGUUCUGUGUGAGACUAGUGGACCAGACAUGGACAACACUCAUUCUGAUAACUACAACACCGAUGGAUAUAAAGUCAGGAGAAAUCUUAUCAACACAAGGUUUUAACACACAUAACCAAUCCAGCCUUUGUCUUUGGAUGUCCCGGAUGUCCCGCUGCACAGACAGAAUUUCUUCCAAAAGAU